AUGAUGACUACACCACUUUCUCACUUUCACGACUGCGAUUCAUCUGCUUCUGCUGCUGUCAAACCCUUUCGCCACUAUGGCAACCCUACUCACCAUGUCGCCGCUACGGGCAAGGCUGGCCGUUCAAGCUGGAAAGCUCUACCAAGAGACAUUCGUCUGCAGGAGAUGUCUCACCCAGCAAGCCAAAGCCACCCCUCCGAAGACCUUCAAAUCGACACGACAAACGCCAUUCUUGACUGCUUUUCGCCAGUCUCAGUCAAGAGCACAAAGUUCGGCGACCGCUCCUUCCAACACAUCGCCCCUGGCUGCCCUAGGCCGCAACAUAGGCGCGACAUCCCGUCCGACGAUCCAGACGGCAUCUUCGACGUCCUCUUUCCCAGCGACCAGUUCAAAUUCUGUCGCAUACUGGCUACUGGGAUCUGCAGUCAGCGUCUUUGGGAUCGUGAUCUUUGGUGGCCUUACGAGACUCACUGA